AUGGUUCGUAGACUUGUUAGCGGGCCUCAAAGCCGCGGAACGCAUCUAGUGCGUAGCCAUGCGCACGAAGAUAUCCCUGGGACUGUCAAUGUCCAGACCAUGGAAGGAGAUGAUUCUUACAACGGCCAGGCGCUUUUUCCUGUGCCCGCCGAAGAUCCCAACGACCCUUUACAGAAGAUAAUUAUCCUGGUAGUUAUUUGCUUUUACUCUUUCCUCGGUAAUGCAGCGCUAUUGGGCCCUGGCCCCUAUUUGACAUUAUGGUCGGAACUAUUCGACAUCACUCCUGCGGAAGCGUCCACGCUUAUAUCAUAUCCCAAUCUCGCAUAUGGUUUUAGUUCCUUCAUCCUCGUGCCAUUAUACCUGAAGUUCGGAAGGCGACCUGUGAUGCUUGGGUCAUUGUUAGCUUUCAUUGCCGGCCUUGCGGGAUGUUCUCAGGCCAAUGACUUUGGUGGACUCAUGCUUGUCCUAUCGCCUUAUAUGAUACUCGACGGCGAAUCAGCACCACUGAUAACAGAUCGAACUUCUAAUAGGGCGGGUCGAAUUAUACACUGUUUUGGUGCUGGUAUAUGCGAAGCUUUGCCCGUCCAGCUCGUGUCAGAUAUCUUCUUCCUUCAUGAGCGAGGGAAACAUAUCGGCUACUAUACAUUCGGCUUGUGCUUCGCCUCUAUGGCAACGAUACCAGCUGCAUAUAUGCUACCAACCAAGUACUCUUGGAGGCUUUUCUUUUAUGUCACUGUCGCCUUCGCCGGUGCACUAUUUAUCCUUGCAUUCAUUUUCGUUGAGGAAACAUCCUACGAUCGGAAGGCGCAUAUGGUCCACGAUACCUCUACAGAGCGUUCGGAUGACACUGCGUCUAAUGCCUUCGAAAAGCCUAACGACUCAGUCGUCGAGCAGGCGGCGAGUAUGCCGAAACGAAAAACGUUCCUAUCAACACUUAGCCCAUGGGGCCGCGUCGAUCCAGACGUCCGUCUUCAUACGUUUAUGUGGCGACCUUUCACCUAUUUCCUAGUCCCCCAAGUCUUAUGGGUUAUCACCUCUUUCGGAACUAUAAUAGGGUUAGGUGCAUUGGCUUUCAACUACGUCUUCCCAAUUAAGAUAACCGCACCUCCAUACAACUGGUCAGAGGCUAGCUCCGGCGUGCAGUCGCUUGGAUCUCUCAUCGGGUUUAUUCUUGCGCUCCCCUUUACUUCCUCAUCGGAUCUACUAGCGGGUUACUUGACUAGACGCAAUAAUGGCAUUCGCGAAGCCGAGAUGAGAUUAGGAGUUAUGCUACCCGCUAUGAUAAUAGGCCCAGCGGGCUUAGUUGUUUAUGGGCUCACCGCAGAACUCAACUUACACUGGAUAGGCUUUUUAUCGGAUCUGGUCUGGCAUCUUUCGGCGGUUAUUUCUAUUACUGCUUUACAUUGGCAUAUGCUGUUGAUUCUUACAAUAGCGAUACGUCCGAAAUGCUCAUUGCGAUAA